AUGGCAUUGGACGGGAAAGUCGCACUGAUCACUGGAGGUGUCAAGAACCUCGGAGCCGAGUCAGCGAGAGAACUAGCUGGUAUCGGAGCAAGGCUGGCUCUACACUAUAACUCUGAAAGUAGCAAAGCCAGCGCCACAUCGCUGGAAGCUGAGUUGCGAGAGAAGUACCCCGACCGCAAGUCGGUACUCAACGACUUUGGCAAGAUUGAUAUCGUUGUCAAUACGGUGGGCAAAGUGCUAAAGAAGCCGAUCACCGACAUUUCUGAAGAGGAUUAUGACUCGAUGUUUGCAAUUAACUCCAAGGCCGCUUUCUUCAUCCUGAAGGCUGCGGCUACCCACGUCUCUGACGACGGCAAAAUCAUCACCAUUGUGACCGCUCUUUUAGGCGCCUUCACUGGAUUCUACACCUCAUAUGCAGGAUCCAACCUUGGAAAGCACCAGUGGAGCACUUUACGCGUGGCCCGAAGGACACUCGACAUUGCGCCAAUCAUUCGCUUCCUCUGCACAGCAGGGACUUGGAUCGCCGGCCAGACAAUCUUUGCGAACGGAGGAUACACAACUCGUUAA